AAUACUGAAACUUGUAAACACGGUAUUUCUUGGCUGUGAGUUAGAUGCUUACCUGUAACAAUUAGUGAACUGUGUUUGCGGUAUUUGAAUGAAAACUAUAUGAUUUAUAUAGAUAUGCCGAUAAUGAUAGUUAAUAUCAUAUCAAAUAAUCAUAUUAUAUAUCAUAUUGAAUAAAUUUUCGUAAUUAUCAUACAUAAUCGGUUUAUAUUAUUGUGAGAAUGGAUCCUGAAAUUCACAAGAAAGAGUCAAAUCUGGCUGGAACUGAUUUUUCUCGUGAUAAUGGUAUGUCUACAAAUGAAGGGAAAAUACUAUUAAAUAAUAAUUUUGAGACAGACAGUGCUGCUAAAACGGAUGAAGAAACUCAGCGAAUUGAUAACCAAUGGAAAAAAACUGUAUUUGGCAGCAAAAGAAAAUUGGAUUCACUGAAUACCCAAGACGAGGAAUCUGAUAUGUCAAGCGAAAGAUUGGGAAAAACAAGUCAUUCUACUGUGAGAAAAAUCUUAAAAACAGCUGAGAAAAAAUCUAAUGCAAACAAGUCUCAUUCGUCUGGUAAUCACAAUACAUCUGGUGUAAAUGAAGCAACCCAUUAUGAAAAUUCAGAAACAGAAAAUGAUACCAAAAAUAACCAGCAAGCGAAGCGAAUUCAACGUCGCCGAAAGUCUAUAAUCUUUAGUGCGAAAAAAAAAAUCAAUUUUUCAAAAAACAAAGACUCUGAUGAAUCUGCAGAUGAGGUGUCCAACAAGCUAAGCCGCAGAAAAUAUAAAGUAAGAAAUCUCUCGAAACACAAGAUGACCAGUAAUAUUGAUGCAAAAACAUCUGAUAGAAGGCUUCGUCACAAUAAGUUAAAGCUAGCUGGUAAUAGCAGUAAAGUCAAUUACGAAAGUAAAACGGAAGAUACCGAUGUUGAAACGGAAACACAAUUAACGACAGUCAGCGAAGAGAAUCGGGUUAUGAAUAGUUCACUCACAGAAGUUCAAAGUACUCAUAACAGUGACAUUUUGAAAUUGCUUAACCAGGGCUCGCCAAAGGAAUUGGAGUCGCUCGCCCGUAUUGGACCCAAAACAGCAAUGAUGCUGGAUCAAUACAGGAAACUAAAUGGGAAGUUGGAAACUAUUAGGGACCUAGAGAACAUGCCUGGAUGGUCUCCGAGAGUCUUUAAACAAUUUCUGUCGGCUAACAACAUUAUUCUUGAUUGAUAUUGGUGAUAUCAAAGUGACCUGAAGGAUAUGGUAAUUGGAGUGUUAAAUUCUUGUUGCUGGUUGAAGAGUAUAUGCCUGGCGAUAUCAUGUUCGUGAAUACCCGUAAAUAUAUUGAAACCCUGAUUUUGCAAUGUAAAUGAUAUUGUUUCUUUACAGAGUUUUUGUUGUUUUUCAAAUUUGUUGUGUUUUGUGCUGGUGAAAAUCCAAGUUAAUAUAAAUGAAAAAUAUUUGUUUAAAUAUUAAAUUUAUUCGGUAGCAAAUAUUUUGUAGCUACAAAUUCAAUCAA